GCCCAUUUCCACAUUCAUUUAAAUACCAGUAUUAGGGUUUUCUCACAGAACAUUCAUUUACACAAACAGCUGCAGCAUCGCCGCUAUCCACCGGAGUCAAAAAAGUUGCUUUGCAGGUGUAUUCGAAUGAGACUUGGUCCAACCGAGAUUCUAGGGGAAUAUGCUUGAAAUUUCUGCACGUGCAAGGACUCCAUGAUCGUUAUGGUGAUCGUGGGAAGCUUGCACCAUUUUCGGAUAGUUGUUUGCCUAGAUAAUUUCUAAUUUUAAAAGGGGAUAGCAAGCUUGAUUUAGAAAUAUAGCAACACACGUACACUACACCCGAACUCUCUGCAAACACUUGGCGAUUACACACAUUUACACACUAGCAAUCUUUGUACCAAGCUUGUUAUCAUCCCAAGUUGUAAUCUUUGUUUGUUUAAUAUAGUUGGUGAUCGGUAGUUUCCAUCACCCGAGGUUUUUUUUGCCGGAGAUCAUUCAUUGAUCAAGGACUUUUUCCUUGUAUAAAUCCUUGUGUUGAUCAUUCAUUUCAUUCAUUUGUUGUUCACACAUUUUUUCAAUUAACCAAGCAUCUAACCUCACAAAAACCAGAUUUGGUUACAUUAUCCUUGUGUGAUUUUUGACCAAAACAGUUUGGCGACCACCGUGGGGCAAUCGGUGCUUCAUUCUUGAAAAAUUUUGUUCAUUUCAUUCAUUUUGCUCAUUACCUUCAACCACAUGGCUUCUCAUGCGAAGAACACUUCAAGCUCCAUGCCGAUGAUCACUUUUUCACAGGGCAUUCCACUUUUGCCUCCUGCCCCUUCUGGAUCCCAGAAGAAUGCUGAGAAUGCUGCGAAGAAGACAACCCCCGUUUUCACAAAAUCAAUUUCUGUUGUUUCUUCUGGUCCUACUAACAGUGAUUUUAUUCUUUGAUUUUGCAGAUGAAGGAUUACAUGCAGCAGCAGGACAAAACUAAUAACAGGGUCCUUCGAGAAAUUGACGAAAUUAAGAAAUUGAAGAGAUCAACGGAGGAUCACUCUCCAUUGGUGCCUAGAUCACUGGAUUUCGGCACUACAGCAACAACUGCUCAGCAUUCCACAACAUUAGGUGUCCAGUACCAUGGAGGAUCAUCAAGUAUGCACUAUGGAUCAUCAGCAAUGACACAGGCUCAAGGAUCCUAUUUCCAGCCUUCAGGAUCCUCUCUUCAGCCUCAAGGAUCCUCUCUCCAGCAUCGAGGAUCCUUCUCAAGUUCAGGAGGAUACAUGGGAACUCUAUCGGCUCAAGGAUCCUAUCUUCAGCAUCUAGGAUCCUCAUCACAGGUUCAAGGAUCCUCAUCGCAGGUUCACGGAUCCAUGGAGUAUCCUCCCAGACCUUCAGCUCCGAUGCAUACUGGAUCCAACAUCUUUCAGGAUCAAGGAUCCUUAAGGAGUCAACAAUCAGAAGUUCAGAAAUUCAUGUUGGAGAAUUCAUUCCCAUGCAGGCUGUCUCCUCAUCUGGUCCCAUGAUCAUUCCAGAAUCACAUCAAUUUGGAUUCACAUCAGGAAUCCCAGCCUCGAAUCAAACGUGAGGUAACACUUUAAAUACAUCUGAUAAUGCUAACCAUGGCUUUGUGCAGGAACCAGGAAUCAACCAAGCUAUGGCAAAGGAGUUGCAAAAACUCAAGGAUAUGAUAUCCGGUGUCCCAGGAGUGAUUAAGCCCAUUCCUGAGAUUCCGAAUGGGAGUCACAGGGUGUCUCUCUUUGCACCACCUAUAUGUGAUGCAGAGAUACCAAAGAGGUUUCAGACACCAAACAUGAAGCUCUAUGAUGACACAACUGAUCUAGAAGAGCAUGUAGCUCAAUACAGGGAGAGAAUGGAGAUCAACCCCAUUCCUGAAAGGUUAAAAGAAGCAUGUUUAUGCUAGGGUUUCAGAUCAACGCUGACAUGAUCAGCUCUUAAAUGGCUGCUAAGUCUUCCCCCUUAUUCUAUUACUUCAUUUGCUAAUCUAGUUAAUUUGUUCAAUAGCCAAUUAUCUUGUAGUAGGAGAUUUGAACGAUUAACUAGUGAUUUAUAUAGGGUAACACAAGGUCUUAAUGAAUCACUAAGAGAUUACAUAACUAAAUUCACUAGAGAAUCCUUAGAGAUUCCUAAUUUGGAUAUUGCUACAGCUGUAAAGGCCUUUAAAAUGGGUUUACUUAAGGAUUCACAGUUCUAUGAUGAUCUUGUCAUGACCCCUUGCAGGAAUCUUGAUGAAGUACGAAAGAGGGCCCUUAGAUUCAUCCGUUUAGAGGAUGAUAAAAUGAUCCAGGAAAGACUGUCAGGAUCCUCAAAGCAAGAAAAGCAAGGAUCCUAUUUCAGGAACAACAAAUCUAAAUCAUACAACAAGCCUGGCAAUCAAAAUGUGCAUGCUGUGGAGCAAGAAGCGGAUGAUGAAGAUUACCCUCCUAUUUCUGAAUAUUGCUUUGUUGUUGAUAACAAUGAACUAAUCUUGGUUAUGCAGAAUCUAGGUGAUAAAGCUAGAGGGCCUAGAAAGAAUGACAAGCCGGCUGCCACAAAAGACAACUCCAAAUGGUGUGCCUAUCAUGUAGAUUUUGGUAAUCUCACUGAUGAAUGCAUAGCCCUCAGGAAAGAGAUUGGCUACCUGUUAAGCAAAGGAUAUUUGAAGGAGCUAUUUGGAAGAAAGAAAUCAAGGAUCCAGGAUCCUGAAAAGAUUCUAGAAAGGGCUUCUGAUCCUACAGUUGAUGCCCAAAUUAUCAACUUCAUUUCCGGUGGAUCAGAUAUGUGUGGCACUUCCUUUUCAGCAGCUAAAAGGCAUGCAAAAGAGACAAAGAUGGAGAAUGGGGAUAUGCCUAUUCGAACUUCUAUCCUUACACAGGAUAAAGUCAUAUCCUUUGAUGAGGACGACCACAUAGAUAUUCAGGAUCCUCAUCAUGAUGGUCUUGUUAUUACAUUGUGUAUUUCUAACCAUUUUGUUCACAUGAUUCUUAUAGACGGAGGAAGCUCAGUGAACAUCAUUCAACUCGAUGUCCUCAAGAAAAUGAACAUCCCUGAAUCAGAAAUUAUCCCAAGAUCAUCAGUUAUUGUAGGAUUCAGUGGAGAAACCAAGAACACAUUGGGGGACAUUAAACUUCCCAUUUACAUAGAGGGAGUUAAUUAUUUUCAAAAAUUUUGUGUCAUAGAUUGCUUAUCUUGUUGCAAUGUUAUCCUUGGCAGGCCAUGGAUACAUGAUACGAAAGCAGUUCCAUCUACCUAUCAUCAGUGUGUUAAACUCCCUACUCCAUGGGGGUGUGGUGAAGAUAGAAAGUGAUCAACAAGAAGCCAAGAAUUGUUACACUUCAUCAAUGAAGCCAGCCUCAAGACCUACGAGGCAUAGCAAUUAAAGUAUCCUCCAAGAGAUGUCUUGGAGGCGAGAGAACAAGAUGUUAAAGAUAUCCUGAUGGAUCCUCAGGAUCCUGAAUCCAAAGUUUUUAUAGGAUCCAGGAUCCUCGAUAAAGUUGAAUAGGAUUUAGUAUCCUUCUUAAAAAGGAGAAAACUACCUUCUCUUGGAAGCAUGAGGACAUGAUAGGUAUUUCUAAAGAUAUUAUUACUCAUAAACUUGGCAUUGAUAGGUCAUUCAAACCCAUACAUCAGAAGUGGAGAAAGUUUGCACCUGAGAGGAAUGCCAUCAUCCAAAAGGAGGUAGAUAAACUGCUCAGAGCAGGUAUGAUUAGAGAGGUAAAGUAUCCAAGGUGGUUAGCCAUUGUGGUUGUUGUUCA